AUGACUUCCCCCGUUGAUCCCCAAUUCAGCUCAAGUUUACACAGUUUAACGUUGGAAAACGAGGACCCUUACGAGUACGUAACGCCCGAUAUCUACCAAUCUGUUUUUUUACGGGAUCAGGAGGUCUGGAUUCAGAAAAUACCAACAUGCAAUCGUUUCUCUACUAGUUUGGCCACUGAGACCAGUUUGUUGAAACACAUUCCUGCAACAGAACUCAAUACCUGGAAUAUUAUUCACUACCAGCUUUUGAGGAAGUUACUCCUAGCAUUGGGACUGGGCUGUGUGAGGUUCUCUGUUUUCAAGCGAAAAUGGCGAGACUGGGCUCAUUUUGGCAACCUCUUUUGGACCAAAUUGGUCCAUGAUGCCAAAUUGAAUCAAAAAGUUCUGGAGAACCCACUCGCUAUUGUCAGGCUAAUCCUAGACUUUGUUUACUUUGCAUAUGCUGUAUUAAUACUAGUUUACCCUCUGGUGGUCAUGAUGAUAAACAAAAGUGUUCAUGGGUUUGCACCGCAGGACCUUCCUAGGAUACCUUUUGUAUCGACUCCUACUUCGAUAGCCCUAAUUUUAUCUACAGAACUCAACAAAAUUGCACCACCUCCACCAGUUCCUCAACCAUACUUGGAUGCGGACAGAAAUAUUCAAGUUCCCAACAUGAGAAAACUCAAGACAGUACUAUCACUUCGAAAUGAAUAUUUGACGCUGUACUGUGUUCAUACAGCCGCCGAAAAAGUACGGCUACUAUCUUGUAUUUCUAAGUUUGUUGUUUGGGGCUCAAUACUUACAAAAACUAGUUCAUUGACGGUUUACGAACAAUAUGGAUUACUUUGGAAACAAACAGGAGCUGCAUCCGGUCCAGAUUUCAGAGUAAUUGGAGACGCGAUCCUAUUUGAAUUAGACAAUGUCAUAAAAACCCAUCCCCGAGUACCAAAUAUUACAUUGAUAGAUCCAAUUUCAGGUACUAGGCAUAUAUUGUUCAAGACAGGAAAAGUCGAGUUGAAGGUUUAUUUUUGUGAUUAUCGAAGUAGGAAACUAAGUGGGAAUAUAGAACACCUUCCAGAAACUGCCGAUUUAACUAUUGUCCCGCGAAGUGGCUUAGGCUACCAUAUGGUGACAAAUGGCUACAUAUGUGCACCUUCUAGACGAGUUGGCUCAUUCUACUACGGUAUGGAAUCUUUUACUUUUAAAUUGUUUUUGAAUUCGCUCAACUAUUUUGCAAUAACUGGUGCAAAUACAUCUUUGGAAAACUAA